UUUUUUUCUAUUGUUUUAAAUCGAAUCCAUGGUUUUCGCACACGUGUUUGUUGCACGCGAUGUAGUUUAGGCGUAAAUAUAGAUAAAAACAAAGAUUUGAACAAGUAAUUCACCCGAGAAUGAAGACGCAAAAAGCGACCGAAAAUUUUGUUGAGAUUUGGAGAAGCCAGCCCAGUUUGUGGGAUGUUAAAUCCCCUUUCUAUAAGGACAGAAACGAGAAGGCAAAAAGUUAUGAGAUAUUCAAAGGUAGACUAGGAAUGGAAGAGAAAGUAGUGAGGAGUAAAAUAAAUACACUGCGAAGUUAUUUCAGCGCAGAAUUGAAGAAAGUAAACAACAGCAACAAAAGUGGAGCAGGACGAGAUGAUGUUUACGAAAGUAAAUGGCCAUACUUUCAGUCCUUGCUAUUCCUACGUGACUCCAUCGUCCCAAGAAAAACAACUUCUUCGCUGGAAUUUGACUACAAUGAAAAUACAGCUGACAAGGAGAGUGGGUCACUUCAAAAUUCACCAAUAACCCUCCAAGAAUGGGUCAUGGAGGAUGAAAUUGACGUGUGUACAACCGAUGUGACAUCAACGAAGAAGCCUCUCCCCAAAAAACGAAAAGUUUCCCCGAAAUCUUCAGAAGAUCACAUGUUGAAGCACGCGAUAUCAGUUCUGGAAGAAAAACGCGGGAAAACACUGAGUGCAGAUGAACUCUACGGUCGCACUCUUGGAGAGAGUCUAAAAGCCAUUCCAGACAGAAUGCAAAAAGAAUACCUUAAAGUGAAAAUACAGGAGCUCCUUUUUCAAGCUCAGAUGGGAUUACUCGCCGUACCCUCUUUCAGAACACCGACCGUUCAAUCUCCGAUCCCAAGGAACUCUUCAACACAUGCCACACAAAGUUACCCACCCUUUGUGUCUCCGCCGUUAUCGCCUGUUUUACAGAAUAUGUACCGACACCCAGUGAAAAUAUAUCAAAACACUUUUCAGAGUCGAGAAAGUUUGUCAGAUCUUAAUCCAGAAAGUGAGGGCUUACAAAGUGCAGGGUAUUAAUGUGUGACUGCUUGUUUAGUACGUUAUUUAAAUUACUGAACGAAAUAUAUAUUUACCUUGAAGUAUUUUUCUUUUAAUCGCAUGUAAAUAGCUUUGCAAACUUCAGGGAUGAACUGUGACAAUGUACUUUUGUGAACGCGAAAUAAAUACUGUAAUUCGGCGUAAUUUAUCCCACAUGAUAAAAACUUCAAAGUUGCGGCUACUUUGACUUUAGCAGGAAUUGGGUCUCGCAAAUGCGUUGUUUUUUUCUCAAUGUCAACUUCUAUGAGAUUUAGGAGCUCAUCAAAAAUAUUCGGCGGCAUUCUUAAAAAUCGCGUAUACUCUGCAAUUUCCUCUACACGCAGUUCAUACAUGAGAGUAUUGUAGAUGCCAAGUUCAUUUCGCCUAUUUAACCACGGCUUCACCCAUACAUUUCUUUGCUUUCUUUUCCUACGUUUGUCUCUCUUUUUUGAUAAAAUAUACACAACAACAGCAGCUGCUAUUUCUUCUUCAGAGUCCAUGUUGCAAAGAAAACAUGCUCAAGUUUCAUGUUUUUAAUGAUAGUGUAUUCGCGCCAAAAUUUGUCAUUUUUAAUGUCAUUGGAAUGUAUCAUUGGAAAAUGAUCAUUGAAAAAUGAUAGUGUAUUUCAGCCUUUAUGGAUUAUUGACAGAAAAAUUAUGUAUUUUUUAUGUAACGACAGAGAGUAUUAUGAAGGUAUUAUGCAGUAUUAUGCGAUAUUACGUUGCUAUGGCCAUCAACAGAAAAAUUAUGUAUCUUUUAUGGAUUAUGAAGGUAUUAUGCAGUAUUAUGCAGUAUUAUGCGAUAUUACGUUGGCUAUGGAUUAUUGACAGAAAAAGUAUUUAUUUUUUAUGGAGCGAUAGAGAGUAUUAUGAAGGCAUUAUGCAGUAUUAUGCGAUAUUGCGUUGGUAUGGCCAUCGACGGAAAAUUUAUGUAUUUUUUAUGAAUUAUGAAGGUAUUAUGCAGUAUUAUGCAGUAUUAUGCGAUAUUACGUUGGUUAUGGAUUAUUGACAGAAAAAAUAUGUAUUUGUUAUGGAGCGAUAGAGAGUAUUAUGAAGGCAUUAUGCAGUAUUAUGCGAUAUUACGUUGGUAAGCCAUCGACAGAAAAAUUAUGUAACUUUUAUGAAUUAUGAAGGUAUUAUGCAGUAUUAUGCGAUAUUACGUUGGUAUGGCCAUCGACAGAAAAUUUAUGUACGCAGCGACAGAGAGUAUUAUGAAGGUAUUAUGCAGUAUUAUGCGAUAUUACGUUGGUAUGGCCAUCAACAGAAAAAAUAUGUAUUUGUUAUAUAGAGAGGAUGUCGGAUAAUGCGGUUUCAUUUGUCGGGUCCAUUUGGUUGGAGAAGUAUGACUGAACGUCUGUCGGUUUUUUAUGUCGAUAAAGUAUGAAGGUUGUUAGUUAUGUUGUACGUCGUGUGUCGGGACCACUUAGCCCGGUGCUAAAUGAAGUCGUUGCCAUUAAUACCGAUCAUUAUAAAAAACUAGUCGAUAAGGCCCGUGGACAACCUCGUUCCCAGGGCAUUUUGUAUCUUUUCUGACCCUGGGACGGCGAUACGAAGAUGUUCGUAUCGCCGGCUCAAACGUUGAAGCAAGAAUAUCAAAAAAAUUUGAUAUUCUUGCUUCAUUGCUGCAUC